CCCACUGAUGUUUUCCACUUUUCCAGUGAUUUUUAAAAAAUAUUUCCCUUGGUAACCAUUUUCCUUGGUUAUUUUUUCUUGGCUGAUUUUCUACAAAAAGAACUAAACGGCAUUUGUCCCCAAGGAAAUCAGUUAUUUUAGAGUUUACUAAGAAGUCAACUAACAUUUUUUCAACAUUUCCUUCUGUUCUUUGUUUUUAAAGAAAGCUCUGAUUUUGUUUCAUUUUCAACUGGAGACUUAAAUGACACCAAGCAAAGUCUACUUAGUUUAGAUUUCCAGAAAUUGGCAAAACAUCAGACAUGAAAUUUGCAUUUCUGUUUUGUUUUUUUCUACUUAUCAUUUUUCAAACUGACUUUGGACAAAAUGAAGAAAUUCUUAGGAAACAAAGGAGGAAGAUGUAUCACAGAAGAUUGAGAAAAAAUUCCUCACUCAAUCAGAGGUCAAACACACAGAAUGGAAUUCAGCAAACAACGACCACUUCACCAAUUACAAGAUUUCCCAUCAUUAACUUUGAUUACAGCAUGGAGGAAAAGUUUGAAUCUUUUUUAAAUCUUCCUGGAUUAGAAUCGAGCUAUAAUGUGUUACCAGGAAAAAAGGGACACUGUUUGGUGAAGGGCAUGACCUUGUACAACAAAGCUGUAUGGUCUCCUGACCCCUGUACCACCUGCCUCUGCUCAGAUGGAAGAGUGCUUUGUGAUGAAACCAUGUGUCAACCCCAGAUGUGCCCCUACAUGGUCAUACCUGAUGGAGAAUGCUGUCCAGUCUGCAGUGAUACUGGUACACAGACGGAGCCGAAACAAAGCAUCAUGGUCUCCUAUUCCUUAGUCAAUGACAACACGUUAAAUGAUAGAACUGAAUUUUCUGGUGAUUCUUCAGAACAAACAGAACCUACCAAUGUACUUCCUAAGCAACUGCCACCUCUUCAGGUGGAAAUGGACCAAGUAUUUGGAAAAGAAGCACUUCACUCUGAGGAGGACAAGGAAGAAACUAAAGGAGACAGACAGCACAAGAAAGAGCCCUCUGGACACAGAAAUCAGGGCAAACCUCACAGUGAGGAGAGCAGAAGAGAGAGUAAGCAAAGACCUGGCAAGAGGGGGAGGCCAGCAUUUCAACAGCUACGCUGUGGAAGGGGGCAGGAGGAGGAGGAGGAGGAAGAAGACGAGGAAGAAGACAAGGAAGAAGGGGAAGAGAAUCAGGCUGUAAGAGGAGAUGUGUUCCCGCCCUGCCAGCUCCCCAUCCCUGCUCCCCCCAGUGGCAGGCCACGCCUGCCCAGCGGCUGCUCCUUGUCCUACAGGACCAUCAGCUGUGUCCAUGCUGCCCUCACCCACAUUCCACCACUGAUGGCCCCAGAGAUAACCAAUCUGGAGCUUGCAGGGAAUUCUAUCACCUCCAUCCCGGAUGAAGCAUUUAAUGGAUUACCGAAUCUGGAAAGGCUUGAUCUGAGCAAAAAUAAUAUUACUUCUUCAGCCAUAGGUCCAAAAGCCUUCAAGCUUCUGAAGAAGUUAAUGCGUCUGAAUAUGGAUGAAAAUAAUUUAGUACACAUUCCUUCAGAAUUACCAUCUACCUUAGAAGAACUCAACAUCAAUGAAAAUAAUCUUCAAGCUAUUGAUGAAGAAAGUUUUUCAGACUUAAAUCAAUUGGUCUCCUUAGAAUUGGAAGGAAACAAUCUCAGUGAAACCAACGUCGAUCCUUUAGCUUUCAAACCUUUGAAGAGCCUAUCCUACCUGCGCCUGGGAAAAAAUAAAUUUAGAAUUAUUCCACAAGGUCUUCCUGCUUCUAUUGAGGAAUUACACCUAGGAAACAACCAAAUUGAAGAAAUAACUGAAAUUUGUUUCAAUCACACAAGAAAGAUCAAUGUAAUUGUACUACGUUAUAAUAAAAUAGAAGAAAACAGAAUUGCUCCUUUAGCUUGGAUAAAUCAGGAAAACCUAGAAUCGAUUGAUCUCUCCUACAACAAGCUCUACCGUGUCCCCUCGUACCUACCCAAGUCUCUGCUGCACCUUGUGCUCGUGGGGAACCAGAUUGAACUGAUCCCAGGCUAUGUGUUUGGCCACAUGAAGCCAGGCCUGGAAUACCUGUACCUGUCAUUUAACAAACUCACUGAGGAUGGUGUGGACCAAGUUUCAUUCUAUGGAGCAUAUCAUUCCCUGAGAGAGUUAUUUCUGGAUCACAAUGCCUUAAAAUGUAUACCGCCAGGGAUACAGGAAAUGAAAGCACUACAUUUUCUGAGGCUGAACAACAAUAAGAUUCGGAAUAUUCUUCCAGAACAAAUCUGUAAUGAUGAAGAGGAUGAUGACUCAUCUUUGGAACAUCUUCAUCUUGAAAAUAAUUACAUUAGAACAAGAGAAAUAUCACCCUAUGCAUUUUCAUGCAUAAGGUCAUACUCAAGUAUUGUUCUUAAACCACAAAACAUCAAAUAACCCUCAAGUUUUCUUCUGCAUUUAGGUUUACUUAUGUAGUUGUAGUAGAAUUUGUCAUUAAUGGGAAACAUAACCUUCAUGUUAUACUCAGCAUCAUUAUGCUAGUCCAUUUGGCUUGCCAGCCCACAAAUGAGUAAGCAAAGGUAUAUAUAAAAAGUAGUCUUCUAGGAGUUUCAGUUAAAGUCAGAAACAGUGUCCCACAUCUAGAAAGAAACUAUUUAAGACAGGAAAUCAGACCAAAUAAACAGGUCCUUGACAAUUCAUUUGACAUGUGCUAUUAACUAAGAGUUCUUCAAGUACCACUAAAAAUUAUGUAUAUUAUAGUUCAAGACCAAAAGUAUAUAGGCAGGAAAAUAAAUCAGGUAAAAUUUAUGAAUUACUGCUGUUUAUUAUUAUGUUAAAACAGUCAUUUAUUAGUUACUUCAGUAUUGGGUUAGGCUUAGUUCCUUCUAUUCACUACAUGUGUGAAAUUAAAGCACUAUCACAGUGCUAACUGGUUUAGAUCUUAGUACUAUAAGUUAACAUGUUAACUUCCCUGUUAACAUAAAGGGAAGCUAGCAAGAAGUAUGGAAAUGAAUUCCACACCAUUUUUGAAACUUCUGUCUAAGUGUAAAAUUAUUUUUUAAAACAUAAAAAAUAGUACUUUAAGAUCAAUCUAUUUUUCAUUUAUUGUGGAAAGCAGAAUUGGCUAAAAACACAAAUUAUUCUUACCUAUAAUAGCUAAAUAUAAAUGUAAUAUAUAUACUUUUUCAAAUUUUCUUACAUUGGUCAUAGCACCUAUUUCCUUUGCCCUAAUUUGCUGAAAUGUAUCCUUUUAGUCAGUUUAACCAAAUGUAAAAUUGUUAGUGUUUACUCUGUACUAGGCCCUACCAAAACUGUAUAUUAAAGUUUUAAUUAUAUAGUGA